GCCCGCGCUGGAGCCGGGCUCGCUCCCAGCCAGCGAGCCAGGCAGCGCCGCCUCGGGAGGGGGCUCCCCGGCCCCCUUCCCUAGCCGGGUUCUCCAGGCGUCCGGUCUUCCCCGGAGAAGGCGGAGUCCCGGCUGCAAGGUCUGGAAACCAGCAACCGAGAACGCCCGGGUCCCGGAGCCAACAGGGCUCCCUCAAAAGGGUAUUCGGCAACGUCCGUGAGGCUGGCUUCCAGUGCCAGGCUCUGGGCAAAGCGCUUAGCACGCAUCAGGACUCAUUCAUUACUCCUCACCGCCGUCCUGGGAGGUAGGUACCGUUAUUACUCCGCUGGACUCCAUUGAAUGGGGAAAUCGAGGCUGAAAGAGGCGAGGUAAGUAACCCAUGAGCAACCUGUGUGGAAUUGGGAUGCGACCCAGGUCUGCCUUCCUCCUUGGAUUUCACAGCUGAGAAUUAAGAGGGAGCGCUUAUGCAAAGUGCCAGGCACACUCCCUAAUGUCUCUUCCUUCCUUCCUUCAGGAAGUUUGGGCUGGGACCCCAAAGACCUGGGUGCGAGAAGCGGGCCCCCUGAGGGGAGUGGGCUGAGGGCUGGCCGGGCUCCCCUCCCUUCGCAGAGCCCAGGGUACCCCUCGGCUGCAGCGGCUCCUGAGCUCAUGGAGCCCUCGGCAGCCCCAGGGGCCCAGACGGAGGUCCCCACUGGUAGCGGGGAAGCGUCCCGCGUGCCUCCAGACUACGAAGACGAGUUUCUCCGCUAUCUGUGGCGCGAUUAUCUGUACCCGAAGCAGUACGAAUGGGUCCUCAUCGCAGCCUACGUGGCCGUGUUCCUCGUGGCCCUGGUGGGCAACACUCUGGUCUGCCUGGCCGUAUGGCGGAACCACCACAUGAGGACCGUCACCAACUACUUCAUUGUCAACCUGUCCCUGGCUGACGUGCUGGUGACGGCUAUCUGCCUCCCCGCUAGCCUACUAGUGGACAUCACCGAGUCCUGGCUCUUUGGCCAUGCCCUCUGCAAAGUCAUCCCCUAUCUACAGGCCGUGUCAGUGUCAGUGGCAGUGCUGACUCUCAGCUUCAUCGCCCUGGACCGCUGGUAUGCCAUCUGUCACCCACUGUUGUUCAAGAGCACUGCCCGGCGUGCCCGUGGCUCCAUCUUGGGCAUCUGGGCCGUGUCCCUGGCUGUCAUGGUUCCCCAGGCUGCUGUCAUGGAAUGCAGCAGUGUGCUGCCUGAACUGGCCAACCGUACCCGGCUCUUCUCUGUCUGUGACGAACGCUGGGCAGAUGACCUCUACCCCAAGAUCUACCACAGUUGCUUCUUCAUUGUCACCUACCUGGCCCCACUGGGCCUCAUGGCCAUGGCCUAUUUCCAGAUCUUCCGCAAGCUCUGGGGCCGCCAGAUCCCAGGCACCACCUUGGCACUGGUACGGAACUGGAAGAGACCCUCGGACCAGCUGGAGGACCAGGGGCAGGGCCCCAGUGCACAGCCCCAGCCCCGGGCCCGCGCCUUCCUGGCCGAGGUGAAGCAGAUGCGGGCUCGGAGGAAGACAGCCAAGAUGUUAAUGGUGGUGCUGCUGGUCUUCGCCCUCUGCUACCUGCCCAUUAGUGUCCUCAAUGUCCUCAAAAGGGUGUUCGGGAUGUUCCGCCAAGCCAGCGACCGCGAAGCUGUAUACGCCUGCUUCACCUUCUCCCACUGGCUGGUGUAUGCCAACAGCGCCGCCAACCCCAUCAUCUACAAUUUCCUCAGUGGCAAAUUCCGGGAGCAGUUUAAGGCUGCCUUCUCCUGCUGCCUGCCUGGCCUGGGUCCCUGCAGCUCUCUGAAGGCCGCCAGUCUCCGCUCCUCUGCCAGUCACAAGUCCUUGUCCUUGCAGAGCCGGUGCUCCGUCUCCAAAGUCUCCGAGCACGUGGUGCUCACCAGCGUCACCACAGUGCUGCCCUGAGGGAGGGCUCCCUGGAGGCUCUGGCAGGUGCUGCGGGCCCUGCCUGGGCUGCUCCUCCAGCUCCUGGUAUUCAUCCCCGUGCCUCCUAGAGAGGCUGCUGGAUGCAGUGAGAGGCUGGGGCAGUCCUGGUUUCUCCCAUGUGACUCUGGGCAAGUCGUUCUCCCUCUCUGAGCUUGUGAUCCCUAGGCAGGGUUGACAUGAGGCUUAAGCAUGCUCUAGAGAGUGGAAAGCUCUUUGUCAACUGUGAAGUGCUGUGGACUUGGUUGCUGUUGUACCUCUCUCACUUGGCCAAACCCUACGGUAUCAUCCACCCCCAUCAUCCUUCCAGAGCUUGGCCUUCCUCCCAAAGAACUUUCUCCUGCCCAAUUAUAAGCCUUCCCUGGAGUCUGCUCUAAAGAUCUCCACAGGUGUUUCCAUCUGGUCCAGGGGCUCCCUAAUGCCCAGGGCUGCACUUGGCCAGCUGCUUUGUGCCCGUUGAACCAAUCUGGACCCAGGCCUUCCCCGGUGGGCCCAUGAGCACAGCCCCAUGUCACCAGGUGCCCAGUGCACACACCAUAGCUGGAACUUGUUGCCUUUGUGGUGUGAUAAAACAUCUACGUGUGGCCAUUCAGCUUGGAGGCCAGCAGGCCAAAGCAAUUGUAAUUAAAAGCCUGGCACUGAAUGUUCCCUUUCCCUGUCAUUACACAAAAUCUGUGCUGCUUAGGUUAGGAGUGGAGGAAGGUGGGGCAGCUGCAGGAGGUUAAGACAAGAAGACACUGGAAUACUGCUAUCUGUUGCCCCCUACCCCCAUUGGAUCCCAGAUGGACUCAGAGUCAGGCCUCGAGGACACUCAGUGCUGCCUCUGCAGUGGUGCCAAACCCGGUGCCCAAGACCUUAAUCUUUGACACAUUUGUUUGCUUCCCGCUUGGUGGUCUCUGGAAGGAUAAAAAGAGAAAGCCACAGACUUGGCUGGACGUGCUCCGGCUGCCACCAGGCUGAUUACAGGGCUGCCAGAGGCCCUGAUCCUCGUUGCCAGAGCAAGAUGGGAGUGCAGUCUGGAGUGCUGUCUGCUGAGGAAUGGGGG